AUGGCCGGCGGCGGUGGCCUGCCUUGGCAAGUGAGGGCCUUUGCUGGUGGCGGCGAGGGCCGGAUGCCAGCCUACAAAGUGGCCAUGGUGUUGGGCGUGGCUGGAGUGGCGUGGUGGUACUACUCAGCCAACAAGGAGCUGGCCAAGAAGCAGGACCAAGCAGUUGACAAGUUUGGGCGCCACGGCGAGAAGGUGGAUUACGGCGACCCCGCCACCUUCAAGGCCAGCGUGCAGGGCGGGGAGCACUUCCCCGGCCUGCCCGACGCGGACACAAACGCUGCCGGCGGGCACGCCGGCGGAGCCAAGACCCCUUGA